AUGAUCGAUCGCACAGGCUCCGCUCCUGUUACAGAAAAUGUUCUUCUUGGAGUUCUAUACGACGACGACCUACGAGAGGGUUUCAAGUGGCUCUACAAUCAACGGCAAAUCAUUCAUAUCCCCUCUAUGGAAGAAAUCCUCAUCGUUGCUACGGAGGAGGCUACAUCGGAAGAACUCCAAGAGAUCAUCAAGCUUCUCAUCGAUUACAUAGACUCAAUUCCUAUUACAGAAAGAGUGUUGCGAGCAACAGUAUGCAACGGCCGUCUAGACGCGUUCCGAUGGCUUUUUGAUCAGCGGUCAGACCUCAGCGUCACUUUGGAAGGUAUAUGCGACGCCAUCUUCCAGGAUCCUGAAGCCUCGUACAGGGGGAAGAUAAGUGCGCUUGUGUAUCUUGCACCCCCCUGUGAUGACGAAGAGCCCAAAAUCACUCCUUCAAAUUUAGCCAAGUACCCUUAUGAUUCUGAACAUGAGAAUAAUUACGGCUUGGACGGUGUCGUUGAGGGUUUCUCGAGGGGCUUCUUUUUAGAGAACUCACGCGCACAAUUGCUAUUCUCUGAUCCCCAGGGAGUCGCAGAGGUCUUUUUGGAAAGGUGUGACCUAUUCGCUGUCGAGUACUUCUUGAAAGAUCAAUCCGAGGUUGUGAUUUCCGAUUCGCUUAUUCAAGCGGCAAAGAAGAAUGUGAUUGCCAAUCAAGAUGAGUUGAUGUCACUCCUGGGGAAGGAAAGAGGCAGCCGAGCGAUAAAACCUGAGUAG